AUGCAGUUGGUAUCGGUGGUGUUGGUGGUGAUGUGCUGCUGGCAGAUGAGCAUUGCCGGGGUGCCUCGCCAACGGAGAUCGACGGCCGGUGAGGCUGCGUCGAGUUACUUCUACUUUAGCCGAACGCCAGGCCACGUGUUUCCGUCCGAAGCGAGUCCGUUCAGUGCUUCACCGGUCGGUCUUGCGGUGAUCCCGGAGACGAAGGCGUUCUUCCCGGCGAAGGUGCUGAAAAGUGUCAGUGAGUUUGGUGCGGAUACGGUCGAGGAGUUUGGCAAGGGAUUGUCCUCGAGCGACGAAAGUGACGAUCACGACGCGUACCGUGUGGUGGAGGACAAGGACGACGAGGAGGUGGAGGAGAAGGCUGGCGGCUCGUCGUACGAGGUGGGCCAUCACGCGCACAAGGACUCGCGGGGUGAACAAGGGUACGACAAGAAGCACACGCUGGAGAAGGCGAACCGUGGAAGUCACGGCAAGGAGGACCAUUCGCAUCGGUACGCGCAGGAUGGUUCGCGCAAGAAGUCACACCACGACGAGGGUUCGCACUACCACGAUCACCAUCAGGAGGCGAAGCGCACGAAGGGCGGCAAGCAUCACGAGAAGAAGCACCACAAGAAGGGCUCGAAGACGACCGGAUACCACAACGUGUACCACAAGGACGAGUACAAGAAGGAGCACGUGUUCUACGACACCAGCGAUCAUUCGGGGCAGUUCAAGAAGUACGGCUCGGCGCACGAACACCACUCGAACGAGGCGGGCAAGCAUGGGGCGGGUGGGCACGAGGACCGGGCCCACCAGGAGGCCAGCUACCAGAAGAAGGGCAGCAAGGACCAGGGCGCCUACGACGAGCACCACGAUCAGCAUCUGCACCGGCACGGGAAGGAACAGCACCAUCAGGGCGGGUCGCACUACGAGCAGAAGCAUGGUCACGCGGGGGGCGGUGAGAGUGGUUACAAAAUUUUCCACCACUAG